GACGUCGGCGCGCACCGCCGGAAGGUCUACGGGGACAGACCGAGCGUCGAGGAGGAGCUCUGGAAACGCGCGUGGUGGUAUCUGGUCGCGUUCGAUCGCAUCGGCAGCGUCAUGCUCGGUCGGCCGUGCGCGACGCGCGAGGAGGACUUUGACGCUGACCUUCCGCUGGAGGUGGACGACGAGUACUGGGAAAACGAGGACCCCACGCUGGCGUUCCAGCAGCCGCCGGACAAGCCCUGUCGGGUGUCCGCGUUCAAGCUGUUGCUGAGGCUGACGGACAUCAUCGCGUUCACGCUGCGGACCUUCUACGCGCUCAACAAGGACCCGACGACAGUGCUGCACAAUCAGCAGCCGGUCGAGAUCCUCAAGGACAUGAACGCGGCCAUGCUGCAAUGGACUCAACUGGUGCCGGAAUACCUCAAGUGGUCGCCUGAAAUGGAAGACCUGGCGUUCGCGAACCAAUCGACGACGAUAUACCUCACGUACAGCCUCAUCCAGAUCCUCGUCCAUCGCAGCUUCCUGCCGCCCUCGCUCGCGCGCCUGCGCGCGCUCGGUGACGCCCCGUCUGCGGGCUCCACGUCCGCGCACACGAUGACUUCGCUCGCGAUCGCCGUCAACGCGGCCAAGGCGGGCGCGCGGUUCCUGCACGUCCUGCGCGUGCGCGGCUUGUCGAACAUCCCGAUCCUGCUCACCGCGUCCGAGCUGUGCGCCGCCGUGCUCUGCCUCGACGUGUGG